AUGGCACAACCUAUCGCACUUUUGUCUGUCUACGACAAGACCGAUCUUUUGGAUCUCGCACAGGGGCUUUUGGCAGCAGGUGUCCGUCUCUUGGGUUCGGGAGGUACUGCUAAGAAAAUCAGAGACGCCGGAAUCCCAAUCGAAGAUGUUUCUGAUAUUACCAAGGCGCCAGAGAUGCUGGGAGGUAGAGUCAAGACACUCCACCCAGCCGUCCAUGGUGGCAUUCUUGCGCGUAAUAUCGAAUCCGAUGAGAAAGACCUCAAGGCUCAGGGAAUUUCUCCUAUUUCCAUCGUCGUCUGCAAUCUUUACCCCUUUACUGCUACCAUCUCCAAACCCAACUGCACCCUCGCAGAUGCAGUCGAGGAGAUUGAUAUCGGAGGUGUCACCCUUCUCCGUGCUGCAGCAAAAAACCACGCCCGAGUCUCCGUUCUCUCUGAUCCAGCCGACUACAAGGAGUUUGUUGAAGCCUGGACCAAAGGCCAAGGAGAUGUCGGACAGAAUAUGAGAAGCAAACUGGCCUUGAAAGCAUUCGAAAUGACUGCUGAAUAUGACAAUGCUAUUAGCGGCUAUUUCAGAGAGCAAUACGCCAGUGCUGAAUUGUCCGCAGAGCAGUUGGCUGCCCCUGUUCAGAGAAUGGCUUUGAGGUAUGGCGCCAACCCCCACCAAAAGCCCGCUCAAGCCUUCGUCACUGAAGGAAAGCUGCCUUUCAAAGCACUCUGCGGGUCACCGGGAUAUAUCAAUCUUUUGGAUGCCCUUAACUCUUAUGCCCUAGUGAAGGAGUUGCAGGAGGCAUUGGGUCUCCCCGCUGCAGCAUCUUUCAAGCAUGUAUCUCCCGCUGGUGCCGCUGUCGGUAUUGAGCUUGAUGAAACCGAAAAAAAAGUUUAUGGUGUCGACGAUCUGAAAGAGCCUUUGACCCCCCUCGCAUCCGCGUACGCUCGUGCCCGCGGUGCUGAUCGUAUGUCUUCGUUCGGUGAUUUUGUCGCGCUCUCUGCGCCUUGCGAUCUUGCUACUGCGAAGAUUAUCUCCCGCGAGGUUUCCGAUGGAAUCAUCGCACCGGGAUAUAGCCCCGAGGCUUUGGACGUUCUUUCAAAGAAGAAGGGAGGAAAGUACUGUGUCCUCGAGAUCGACCCCACAUAUGUUCCUUCUGAGAUCGAGACCAAACAGGUCUUUGGAGUUCACCUCCAACAAAAGAGGAAUGACAGCAAGAUCGACAGUAAAUUGUUCGAGAAUAUCGUCACUCAGAACAAGGAGGUUCCUUCAGGGGCUAUCACAGACUUAAUUGUCGCCACCCUUGCCCUCAAGUACACCCAAUCCAACAGCGUCGCAUACGCUUACCAUGGCUCCAUCAUCGGAAUUGGCGCAGGCCAACAAUCGCGCAUUCACUGCACGCGUCUGGCGGGCGGCAAAGCCGACCUCUGGUGGCUCCGCCACCAUCCUCGCGUCCUUGCGUUGCCCUUCAAGAAGGGUGUCAAGCGCGCUGAGAAGGCCAACGCCAUCGACCUCUACGUCUCCGGUGAAGAGCUCGAGGGUGGUGAGAAGGAGCACUGGGAGAGUCUGUUCGAGGGCGCCGUGGAACCGCUGUCAGCCGCGGAGAAGAAGGAGUGGGCGGCCAAGCUCGAUGGAGUAUCAUGCUCCAGCGAUGCGUUCUUCCCCUUCCCUGAUAAUGUGCACCGUGCAAGGAAGAGCGGUGUCAAGUACCUUGCUGCGCCCAGCGGCAGUGUUAUGGAUGCGGAGUGCAUCAAGGCUGCGGAUGAACAUGGCAUGGCGUUCGCACACACCACCCUUAGGUUAUUCCACCACUAA